AUGGCCACCACCUCUUUCGCUCCCCAACAAUGGGGCUACCGCACUCAGAAGCGCGUCGGUCUCGGAGCCGGCGCGCCAAGCUUUGCGAGUCAUUCCCUGCCAGACCUCGAAGCGACAGCGCGCACUAUCGUAUACAGUCCAGAUGGGAGUAUCUUUGCCGCGAGCUACGAUGACAGCGUUCGGCUUGUUUCCACCGGGGCGGCGUCCGCAGCCGAGGUGGUUCCAACACCUUCAUUCAUCUUGGCGGCCGCCAAGGUGAUCGACAUGCGCUUCUCUCCUCGAGGUCGGUACUUGAGUACGUGGGAACGUCCGAACAAGGAUGCGGACGGCAAUCCCAUCAAGAAUCACAGCAUAUGGAACACUCAGUCGGGUGAGAGGAUAGCGAGCUUUGAAAGGAGGAAUCAAGAAGGUUGUCACUUUCAAUUCACCAAUGACGAGCAACACGCCAUUCGCCAAGUCGCUACCGAGCUGCAAGUCUUCUCCACCGCCGACAUGAAUGGACAUGUGGUGGGUCGAUUGAAGCUGGAAGGUAUCACCUCGUACGAAGUUGGGCCUGGGGAAAGACCCAGUGUCGCUGUAUUUUUGGGGGAAAAGAAAGGCGCGCCAGCAUCUGUGCAAGUGUAUCCGCUCGCAUCUCUCAUCCCUUCACCAGCAGCGCCGCCCAAACCGAUUUCUCAGAAGACCUUCUUUAAAGCAGACAAGAUUCAAAUCAAGUGGAACACGGCUGGUACGGCCAUUCUCUUCCUCACUUCCACCGAACAUGACAAGACCGGCAAGUCCUACUACGGCGAGACGAACCUAUACAUGAUGUCCACUAGAGGUGAUUUCGAUUGUCGAGUGGGUCUCGACAAGGAAGGGCCAGUGCACGACUUUGAAUGGAACCCUAAUUGCCGGGAAUUCGCAGUCAUCUAUGGGUAUAUGCCAGCCAAGGCGACGCUGUUCUCUUCGCAAGUCAAGGUCAUUGCAGAGCUCGGCGUGGCUGGGCGAAACUUUGCAGCUUUCAAUCCUCAAGGCCGGCUGCUGCUGAUCGCCGGUUUCGGAAACCUAAACGGGACAGUGGAUGUUUGGGAUCGCGAACUUCUUGGUGGCGCGGCUGGCAGCAGCGCAGAAGCCAGUGCUCGGGCAAAGCUCCACUCCUUCGAUGCCAGCAACAGCAGCGUGUGCCAGUGGAGUCCAGACGGCCAAUUUGUGCUCACUGCAACGUUGAGUCCGCGCCUACGAGUGGAGAACGGGAUAAGAAUCUGGCAUUACACGGGCAAGCUUGUGCACGUGGAGAUGCAGGAUGAAAUGUAUCAAGCGACAUGGCGGCCGAAGCUGCCUUCAGACUGCUUGGCAGACCAUCCCUUCUCCAAAGCGGUUCGACCCGCCCCCACAGCAUCACAAGCUGCCACGGCUUUGCUGGAUGCUCAGGCUGCCAAAGCCGCGGCGAAGGCUGCGUCUGCGACGGAGGCGAACGGCAAGCAUUCUGGUGGUGCAUACAGACCGCCAGGUGCUCGCAGUGGUGGGGCGAGCAGCGAGUUUGCACGGCUGUACCAAGAGAGCGCAAAUGCUUCUGCACCUUCUUCGCCAGCGAAGAACGGCGCCUACGUGCCUCCUGGCGCUGGUGCAAGAGGCAAGCGCUCGAUUCCAGGAGCUGCCCCUCCACCCGGUUCGGUGCCGACCGGACCCGCAAAGAGUCCGGGCGGGAAGAAAGCGGGCAAAAACGGCAAAGCCAGUGCGCCCUCCACGCCCAACACUGCGGCAUCGUUCAACGCGAGCAGCGAACCCUCAGUACCUGCCACCUCGGGAGCUACGGAUAUUGGAGGAGACGCGGAAGGCGCAGCAGCAAUCGAGAAGAAGGUCCGCAACAUCAACAAGAAGCUCAAAGCUAUCCAGGAUCUCAAAGAUCGCAAAGCCAAGGGUGAGACCUUGGAGGAGAUGCAAUUGUCCAAGAUCGCUGGCGAGGCGGAGCUGAGAAAGGAGCUGAAAGCGCUGCAGUGA